AGACCAAAACACAAAGAGCUCUGUGUGUCUUCUCUGUUCUGUCUCUCCUUAAAACCUUCUAGCUUUAGAGCUCGUGAGAUGGCAACGAAGAAAACACUAGUCCGAAAUCUCUUCAACAUUUCCAAAACAUAUUCUCGCAUUUCGGGUCUUACCCGGAUGCGUCCUCAGACCAAACCCGGCUCCACCCCUGACGCCGGAGAUUCUGGAAUCCGCCGGAGAUUUCUCCACAAGAGGGCCUUUUCCUCGCCGGAUAUUGUUCCAAAAGGAGGUAAUCUCAUGGAGAAACUCAGGGAGCUGAAUUUGGCGAGCAAUCGACUUCGCCUUGACGAGAUGUUACCGGCGCCGGCGCCGGAGAAGACGUCUCCGGGAAAUUUUCCGGCGGUUACCGUGGAAGACGUGAAAAAGCUUAUGAGAGCAGCGGAGAUGGAGAUGGUGAAAUCAAAGCUGAGAGAGAUUGGGGAAAAAUGGGUUCCGUUGACGGACUUUGUCCGAGUAUGCGGAGAAAACAGUUCGGAUCCUGAACAAGGUAACCGGGUCGCGAAUAUGCUCGACGAAGCUGGAAACGUCAUCGUUUUUGGAAAUUUCGUCUGCCUUAAACCCGAAGAGCUAACAAGCGCCGUGGCUGGUCUUAUUCCGACAAACGAACCCACUCGCGACGCCGCGACAAGGCAAGAGUUUGAGCAACUUGAGAUUAUAAAAUCAGAUAUCGACAAAAGAGCCGAUGAUAUGGUACGACGAGAACUAAUGGCCGGACUGGGCUUUGUUGUGGCCCAAACGAUUGGAUUUUUUAGGCUGACGUUUUGGGAACUGUCAUGGGACGUGAUGGAGCCCAUAUGCUACUACGUAAGUUCAACAUAUUUCAUGGCUGGUUACGCCUUCUUCAUCCGAACCGCAAAGGAACCUACCUUCCAAGGGUUUUACAAAAGCCGGUUCCAGACCAAGCAGAAAAAGUUGUUUAAAAUGCUUGAUUUUGAUAUCGACCAAUUUACCAAGCUACAGAAGAUGCAUCGUCCAGACUUUACUAAAUCUGGUCGUUAUUGAUCGUAACUUUUUUUUGUGUUUGGGUUAUCUUCUUAUUGGGAUACUAAUUACAUGUAUAAACGUCUACAAGUUUUAUAGAGAUUAAAUAAACUUUAGAAGGA